CCUUUGUCUAUGGUUCCUUAUUCUAUCUGUUUUUGGUGCAUAUGAGAGUCCGUCAUCCCUCCCGUAUGCAUGUACCUACAGUUAGGAGGAUUGUUUGGGUUACUUUAUCACGAUUAUGUACAUUCUUUUUACCUGACUUCAUCUUACAUUAUGUCUUCAACCUCAACUCACCAUCUGUUCGACAAGCAUGGCGUGAAAAGAUCACUAUGAUGGGCAUCUUUUUAUUUUGCGCAGCGUUUUUUUGUUUUUGGUUGGAAUAUAUAUCAACUCUUUUUUGUGAUCAAAAUAAGUAUUACUCUUCUUCCGCCGUUUUUUCCAAAGGUUCUCGCAUGGCAGGUCUUCGACAAAAUGCUAUCGACUGGCAUGGCUCAACAACUGAAAUGGCAAAACAAGUUAAUCAAUAUUCUGGUUACGAUGUUUCACCCAUGUUUCCAACUUUUAUGGGUUUACAACGCAAUACUUCUUUUGGUGCAGAUCCUCCUUACGAUAAUCCUGUUUUUCAACGAUGUAUUGGUAACUUUGGUAUGUCCUCCAAGGCUGAUCAAUGGUUAGAAUUCAAGUUAAACAACGAUCAAGGCUAUCUUUUUAAGGACAAUCAACUUGUUUCUUGUCCUUACCCAACACAACCCAAUGUUACUGGUGCUCCUUGUUAUUAUUUACCUCAAGAUAUUCAAGAAGAAAAAUCACUUGGUACUAAAGGAAAUAUUGUAUACGACAUCACUGAUAUCGAAUUGAAUUAUACAACACUAUCAACGGCUUCUACUCUUGGUAAAGGUUUUGUCAUAUUAGACAAUGAUGUAUUGGAUGUCACUUCUUAUUUGGAAUCAGCAACCAACAUUGUUCUUGUCGCCAAUGGUGUUCACUCUCGGGCUUUUGCUAUUGACCGAAUGUUUCUUCCUCUCGACUUGACUACGUUGCUCUAUCUCAAACUUGGCUCUGAUAUUACUCCUUAUUUUGAAGCUGGCAAUAUAACUUCUGACUCGGAGACAUAUCGUGGAUGCCUCAGGGAUAUGUUUCAAGUUGGUAUUACAAGUAAUGGAAAAGUGGAAGAAUGUUUACGAAUAAAUCCUGCUUUAUGGGCUACUAUGGGUUGUGGUCUUCUUUAUUUCUUGAUCAAGAUGAAUCUAGCUAAUCUCUCUCGUCUGAAAUGGGUACAACGUUCUCUAUUUAAAUCCAAUCCCGAAUUCUCAACUGGUGGAAAUUCCCGUGUGUGGCCUAUGACUAUACUAAUGAUCCCUUGUUAUGCCGAAAAUGCCGAAACUAUCCGUGAUACCCUGAAUUCUUUGGCAAGAACAAAUUAUGAUGAUUCUAGAAAAAUGCUCAUGUUUGUCUGUGAUGGUGUGGUACAAAGUUCUCAAGAUACAAAGGAGACAUAUACCUGUGUAUUGGAAGCUUUGGGAUGCUCGACCGCUCAAGCAACAACACCUCAUGCUUAUGUAUCUUUAGGUCAACAUCGUCGAAAAAUCAACUUUGCAAAAGUCUACUCUGGAUUUUAUGAAACUGGUCGAAAUCGUGUUCCUUUUAUGGUCAUCGUCAAAGUUGGCGCUCCAGGUGAAAUUUCUGUUGGACGUGCUCCUGGUAAUAGAGGCAAACGGGAUUCAAUGCUUUUGGUUUUAGGCUUUUUGGAGCGAUGUACGAAUUUGGCUUCAAAUCGAAUGACUCCUUUGGAAUAUGAAUUAUUCAAUCAAUGUUACAAUGUUCUUGGUAUUGAUCCUCGGCGAUUCAAGUAUAUGAUGGUGACUGAUGCUGAUACUCAAGUUCAAAAUGAUGUGGUACACAAACUUGUGGCAAGACUCGAACGAGAUCGUAGAAUGCUUGCAGUCAGUGGUCAUAUUCGUCCUGCUAAUCCUGAACAAAACGUUAUCACUAUGUUACAAAUCUUCCCUCUGUAUAUGACAUUUUUCACUGGUUUGGCUUAUGAGGCUUGUUUAGGAAAUGUACUGACAAUCAAUGGUGGUUUGGUGAUGUACAAAAUAUGGACAGAAAAUACACCUUCUCCUUCUCUUGGCAUGGAUCACAACAACAAUAUCAAUAAUAAUAACGACAGCAGUGGUAAGAAUCAACUACGUUGGAGGAUGCGACAAAAACGAAUCAGCAAAAGUCAAUCAACUUCACAAGAAUCAAUACGUAGCAAGUGGCCCAAAGUCAGUGAUGAAAUUGAAUUCGAUAAUAACGACGACGAAGAUCCUUUUGCAACUUUACCACGUGAUACUACGCUACCUCAGCCAACUUGGUAUUCAUCUUCUGAUCGACCUUCCAUUGUCACUGGUAGAGAAUCACAACUAUCGCUAUCACCCAACACAAACACUCGACCAUGUUGUAUUCAUCCCACCGUUUUACGAAGUUUUGCAACCCCACAACCGGAUACACUACAUAUGAAAAAUGUCCUUUUACUUGGUGAAGAUCAAUAUUUUGGUGUUGUCCUACUUCGAUCUCAUCCUCAUCAUCAUCUUGGAUUUGAACCUGAUGCUGUAGGCUAUGCAACUAUUCCAACCAAUUACUGGGCUCUACAAGCUUUACAAAGUAGAAAUCUUCGUGCUGCCUUCCACAAUCAAGUCGAAAUGACACGAGCAGCGAGACACAUUGGAUUUGCUUCCUGGUUCUUGUCAUUCACAAAAAUAUUGGAUAUGAUCUUAUCGAUGCCUAUCAUUAUCUAUCUCUAUGGUGUCUUCAUUCGGUGCUUCUUACGAAAAGGUCAAGCUUAUUAUAUCAUUGCGAUAAGCUUCAGUGCUCUAUUCAUCCUCCAUAUUGUGUACUUUUUGAUCCGACGACAAUUCAAGUAUGUGAUUUGGUUUUUCCUUUAUUGUCUGUUCUCGGUGCCUCUUUUUGCCAUUUGGUUUCCAUUAGUAGCGGUAUGGUGUAGUGAUCAUGCUGAACGGUGGUAUGAUGUGUGGCCUACGGCAGGUGGUUGGCGUUGGAAUGAUCGAUUACAUGGGUGCGUGGAUGAUGAAUAUUCAAGACGGGUGGAACAACUACAUGAAAAAAGGCGACAACGUUCAGGAAAUGGCGUCGUGAUGGAAGGUGAACAAAAGAAUAGCAACAAUGAAGGCAAUGGUGGCGAUGAUGAAGAAACAGAUGCUGUGGUACGAAUGCAACUAGGUGAAUACGAAACCAUCGAAGCUCAAAGGGCUUAUGAACGUGCUACUGAAGAGACUGCUGCUCUGGAUGCGAAAUUCACUGGAUUUACAGUUUUUGGUCAAAAUCAAUCUCUUUCUAAUAUCAAUUCAGCAGCAAGUGGCGUGGAUGUGAUCUCACCUUCUCCUCCACCAUUGGCACAGAUGAAGGAUGAAUAUGCAAGUUUCCGUGGAACGACCAGUGGUUAUCGACCAGUGACAUCUGUUGGAGAUAUUUAUGGAACAAUGCAUACCAAGCGACUAGGUGAUAAUAUGGAAAUCAAUGAUGGCGAUAUAGAUACCGAUUUAUUACCUCGAUCACGAUUAACAGAUGGUAGAACUACGUCUUCACCCACUGACAGUUUAGCAACAAAUCCUUUUGCUGACAAUUAUGACAACCCCUUUGACGAUGGAUAUGCAAUCAAUAACAACAUCAUCAUCAACAACAAUAAUAAUAUGAAUAAUAAUAACAACAACAACAGCAAUAAUAAUAUUGAUUCAACGUCAUCAUCUAUAUAUCCAAUGGCAGAAGUUGUUACACAUCAUCAUCAUCAUCAUCAUCAUCAAUAUCAACCAUCAUUAUCUUCACAUCAGCAACAACGACAACAGUACAAACAACAUAAAGCAAGUCAUUCUCAAUCAUCCUACUUUAGUCAUCAAUCUAGCCGAAGUUACGAUUAUUACAACAAUGCACCUGACAUGUUUAUACCCAUGGAAGAAACGAUAUCAUCAUCAUCAGGGGAUGGUGCAGGAAGAGAUACAAUGGGUCAUUAUCGAUCUUAUUCAGCAGAAUCAGCGAUGCCUUUGCCAUUGGAUCGUCAAUCAGUCACUUCACAAACAUCAAUCACCAAUUCUUGCCUUAGUCUCGAUCCAGAAACAACAUUGGAAUGUAGGGAAUACCGUGAUAGAGAAGAUGAAGAAGGACGAAGCAUGGCCAUUCAUGGUCGAGUUGGUCUCAAGAUACCGGAACGAUCAGCAGCGGCUAUGACAGCGGCAGCGUACAGGCAACGACAAGCAUCUUAUGUGAACAACAAGAACGAUAUCAAUAUUGGGACAAUGAGACCUCAACAACAACGACGACUUCAUCAUCAUCAUCAACAACAGCAGCAACAACAACAAAGAUCUGUUUCCAGAAGCUCAUCUAUUCAACAUCAACGAAAUACAAGUGAUACCUCUCAGCAUAAUGCAACAACGUUUAUCGAAUUGAUUCAGAUGGAAAUACGAUCCUAUCUAUCUAGUGCGGAUUUGGACUCUACCACACGAGCGCAAGUCAAGGAACAUUUAGCUACUGUUCUUGGUGAUCGUACUCGAUUGGACAGUUUACAAGAAACUAUUAACAAUUGUAUUGAAGAAACUACAUUGCAACUAUUGGCCCAACAGUCUACUUUGUGAUUCCCCAUUAUGUUAUAUGAACUACCC